GUAAUUCGGUUAUUCAAAGAACUGUGCAAGGUGUGCUUCAAAGUGGCCUCCAUGGAGGAGGAGUUACUAGUAAGAACAAGCCAGCUGCAGGGGCUGUGGUCGUUCRACAGCCAGCUGCAGGGGCUGCCGUCRUCCGACAGCAGCCGGAAGAAAAGAAGGGAGGGAAGUCUCUCUCUUGUGGUCCGUCCCCCCCAGCACAAAAAAAGAAACAAGCAGUGAUUGUUACUGGUGGUACUGGUGGUAACAGUAUGAAGCUGCUCUCCCCUGCCGUUGCUGCAGACAGGACCACCAUCAGUCCAACUAAGAUGAUUCUACGGCAGCAACUUGAUGAAGCAAGGAAGGAAGCCGCAAAAAGAAAGAAUGAAUCRGAUGAUUUUGAGAGAGCAGCCAAGAACAUUAGGUGUGAGCUAGAACAAGCCCAGCAAAAGAUCGUGGAUAUGCACAAGGAAAUUGAAUCCCUGAGUGAAGAUUUGCAAGAUUUGCAGAAGAAAAUGCUAUCCGAGAAGAUUCAGGAGGCAAAGGAUAUCUACAAGCAGAAGGAGCUUGCUUGGGAAAAAGAAAGAAGGUCCCAGCUUGAGAGUGAGCUGAAGAUGUCCCAGCGAUUGAAGGAACUCGAAGAGGCACGGCGUGCAGGAACAGCAAUCAACCAACCCCCCCCCCACUGCAUUAUUAUGUGAAUGAUCAUCCUCCUCGUCGCGACCGGCUCGACCGCACAUAAUUUUCUCCUUCAGGAACUUUUUCGAAGGUUUUCCAGAGUACAGAUCAGAAUACAAACGGAUUACACGUACUGCGUGAGCAGCUCGCCGAUUAUAUUACAAACUCGUACGUACCCAAGUACCUUCCAUAGUCAGAGUGUUGUUUUUAUUUUGUCAUCCUUGUUUUUCAUGAUCCAUUUUCAAACAAUAGCAGGAAGAAAGCUACAACGAUGGUAUUUUCUACACCAUUUCGCACAGACUGUCUUGCGGGUAAGGUUGCUCUGGUAACAGGUGGAGGAUCUGGAAUAUGUUUCGAAUUGACGAAGCAAUUGCUAGCCCACGGAGCGAAAGGGGCGGUUAUCUGUGGCAGACGACAGCAAUUUUUGGAGCGUUCCUCAUCGAUCUUGGAAAGGGAAACCGGCAAGAUAUGCAAGUGGAAGGUCUGCGACGUAAGGGAUCCCAAGGCCUGUGAGGAUGCGGUAAAAUAUGCAUUGAAUGAGUUUUCAAGAUUAGAUAUUUUAGUGAAUGGAGCAGCAGGAAAUUUCCUUGCCGAAGCGAAGACUCUGAAACCAAAAGGAUUUGCCACCGUCAUGUCCAUCGAUGCUUUGGGUACUUUCAACAUGUGUUCUGCGGCAUUUCCUGCCCUAGCGAAAGCAGCGAAAGACAAGAGGACAAACAACGACGCCCUUGUCGUAAACAUCUCUGGUACGUAUCGUGCUUUUCAGAGCGAAACAACUCUCGUCGCAAUUGGUUAGUUGAUUGUUCGAUUUAUUACUAACAACCGCGCACGCAUUUUAAGCCACGUUGCAAUCUCCCGCAACACACUGGCAAGCCCAUGCCAGUGCUGCAAAGUCGGCUGUUGACUCGCUCACGCGCAGUUUAGGUUUGGAGUGGGGCGAGUACAAUGUUCGAGUGGUUGGGAUUGCACCAGGUCCCAUCAAAGAUACCCCCGGUACCACCAAAUUAUCCCCUGGAAUGUCCGGGGAGGAAGUCAACGAUCUCAUAGGAAACGGAAUACCCCUAGGUCGUAUGGGAAGCGCAACGGAAAUUGGUCACGCCGCUGUCUAUCUUGCUACAGCGAAGUACGUGACGGGUGAAACUUUGAUUGUAGACGGUGGGGAAUGGCUGUAUAAGCCACCGAUGGUUCCGAAAGACCUGGUGUCCACGUUAUCGCGGAAGGUAGAAAAGAGAAGUCGGGCACAGGCCCCAAAAUCACGUCUUUAGAUAUAUUAUGUAUCGGAAAGAAAGUUAUGAACUGCAU